GGGGGUUUUGGGGGGCUGUGGGGGAGGACCUCAGGUUUUGGGGUCCCCUGGACUCAGGAUUUGGGGUCCUCGUCCCUCAGGUUUUGGGGUCUCCAGGGUUGGUGUUUUUGGGAGUCCCCGUGGCUCAGGUUUUGGGGUCCCCGUGGCUCCGGGUUUUGGAGUCUCCAGGAUUCAGGGUUUGGGGUCUCCAGGGUUGGGGAUUUUUGGGGUCCCCAUGGCUCAGUGUUUAGGGUCCCCAUGGCUCAGGUUUUGGGGUUCCCGUGGCUCAGGUUUUGGGGUCCCCGUGGCUCAGAGUUUAGGGUCCCCAUGGCUCAGGUUUUGGGGUUCCCGUGGCUCAGGUUUUGGGGUCCCCGUGGCUCAGAGUUUUGGGGUCUCCAGGAUUCAGGUUUUGGGGUCUCCGGGGUUGGGUUUUUUGGGGCUCCCCGUGGCUCCGGGUUUUGGGGUCUCCAGGAUUCACGGUUUGGGGUCUCCAGGGUUGGGGUUUUUUGGGGUCCCCGUGGCUCAGGGUUUUGGGGUUCCCAUGGCUCCAGUUUUGGGGUCCCCGUGGCUCAGGGUUUUGGGGUUCCCAUGGCUCAGGUUUCGGGAUCCCAUGGUUCUGUGUUUUUCGGGGUCCCUGUGGCUCAGGUUUUGGGGUCCCCAUGGUUCUGGGUUUUUCGGGGUCCCCGUGGCUCAGGUUUUGAGGUCUCCAUGGUUCUGGUUUUUUUGGGGUCCCCAUGGCUCAGGUUUUGGGGUCCCUGUGGCUCAGGUUUCGGGGUCCCCAUGGUUCUGGGUUUUGGGGUUCCCAUGGUUCUGGGUUUUCCGGGGACCCCGUGGCUCAGGUUUUGGGGUCCCCAUGGCUCCGGGUUUUGGGGUCCCCAUGGUUCUGGGUUUUUCGGGGUCCCCGUGGCUCAGGUUUUGGGGUCCCCAUGGUUCUGGGUUUUUUGGGGUCCCUGUGGCUCAGGUUUCGGGGUCUCCAUGGUUCUGGGUUUUGGGGUCCCCAUGGUUCUGGGUUUCAGGGUCCCCAUGGCUCAGGUUUUGGGGUCCCCAUGGUUCUGGGUUUUUCGGGGUCCCCGUGGCUCAGGUUUUGGGGUCUCCAUGGUUCUGGGUUUUUCGGGGUCCCCGUGGCUCAGGUUUUGAGGUCCCUGUGGCUCAGGUUUUGGGGUCCCCAUGGUUCUGGGUUUUUUGGGGUCCCCGUGGCUCAGGUUUUGAGGUCUCCAUGGUUCUGGGUUUUUUGGGGUCCCCAUGGCUCAGGUUUUGGGGUCCCUGUGGCUCAGGUUUCGGGGGUCCCCAUGGUUCUGGGUUUUUUGGGGACCCCGUGGCUCAGGUUUUGGGGUCCCCAUGGCUCCGGGUUUUGGGGUCCCCAUGGUUCUGGGUUUUUUGGGGUCCCUGUGGCUCAGGUUUUGGGGUCUCCGUGUCUCUGGGUUUCGGGGUCCCCAUGGCUCUGGGUUUUUUGGGGUCCCCGAGGCUCAAGUUUUGGGGUCCCUGAGGCUCAGGUUUCGGGGUCCCCCUGGCGCAGGACCCUCAGCCUUGAGCAGGUGUUGGAGCGCGACUUCCCCUUCGACCUCACGUACGUGACGGAGCGAAUCAUCUGCCUCCGCUUCCCUCCCGCCCUCGAUGAACCCCGGUACCGGCGGCACCUGCGCGAGGUGGCCGCCAUGAUGGCCUCCCGCCACCGCGACCACUACAUGAUCUUUAACCUCUCUGAGAAGCGUCGGGACAUUGUUCGCCUGAACCCCAAGGUGCAGGAGUUCGCGUGGCCCGACCUGCACGCACCCCCCCUGGACAAACUCUGCUCCAUCUGCAAAGCCCUCGAGGGGUGGCUGAGGGGACACCCUCAAAAUGUGGCUGUGCUGCACUGCAAGGGCAGCAAAGGCAAGACGGGGGUCAUCGUGGCAGCGUAUAUGCACUACAGCAACGUGUGUGCCAGUGCUGAGCAGGCGCUGAGCACUCUGAGCAUGAGGAAAUUCUGUGAGGAGAAGGUGACACUGCAGCCAUCGCAGAGGAGGUACAUCUCCAGUCUGGGGGGGCUCUUGGGGGGCUCCAUCCGGAUGAACAGCAGUCCCCUCUUCCUGCACCACGUCCUGCUGCCCCCCCUGCCCGCCUUCCACCCCGGGCACGAUUUUCAGCCUUUCCUGAAGAUCUAUCAGUCGCUGCAGCUCGUCUACACUUCGGGGGUCUACAGCACCCCCGAACCCCAAAGCCUCUGUAUCACCCUGGAGCCCGCGCUGCUGCUCAAGGGGGACGUGAUGGUGAAGUGCUACCAGCGGCGCGGGGGGGGCCGCGAGGGGCUGUUCCGGCUGCAGUUCCACACGUGCACUCUGCGCGGCGCUCGACUCGAGCUGCGCAAGGACGAGCUCGAUGGGGCCUGGGCAGACGAUCGCUUCCCCCCCGACGCCAGCGUUGAACUCGUCUUCUCUUCGGGCCCCGAGAAGAUCCAAGGGUGGACCCCCCCCCGCAGCCCCCCCAGUGUCGAUUACAGUGUGGGGGACCCCGACUUACGCCGCGGCUCCUACGAGGGCUUCAACCUGCGCCACCAGGACAGCCUCGAGGAGCGGAGGAGCCCGGGGCAGGGGGGGCCCUGGAUCGGGACCCCCGAAACGCCCCCCUCGCCGCAGCCCCCCCUGCCCGAGAAGAGGCUCCCACCGGCACCGGGGGGGCCCCGAGAGCCCGCGUCGCCCCCCCCGAGCCUCGUCUGCACCCCCAAACCCAGCCUGGGGGGCACCCAGGGGUGCCAGGACCCCCCCAAAAUCAACCUGGGGGGCACCCAUGGGUUCCAAGACCCUCCUGAUUCCAACCUGGGGGGCACCCAGGGGUACCAAGACCCCCCAGAUUCCAACCAGGGGGGCACCCAUGGGUUCCAAGACUCCCCCAAAAUCAACCUGGGGGGCACCCAUGGGUAUCAAGAGCCUCCCAAAAUCAACCUGGGGAGCACCCAUGGGUAUCAAGACGCCCCCAAAAUCAAUCUGGGGGGCACCCAUGGGUAUCAAGAGCCCCCCGAUUCCAACCUGGGGGGCACCCAUGGGUAUCAAGACGCCCCCAAAAUCAACCUCGGGGGCACCCAUGGGUAUCAAGACCCCCCCGAUUCCAAACUGGGGGGCACCCAUGGGUAUCAAGAGCCCCCCAAAAUCAAUCUGGGGGGCACCCAUGGGUACCAAGAGCCCCCUGAUUCCAAACUGGGAGGCACCCAUGGGUAUCAAGAGCCCCCCAAAAUCAAUCUGGGGCGCACCCAUGGGUACCAAGACCCCCCCGAUUCCAAACUGGGGGGCACCCAUGGGUAUCAAGACCCCCCCAAAAUCAAUCUGGGGGGCACCCAUGGGUAUCAAGACCCCCCCGAUUCCAAACUGGGGGGCACCCAUGGGUAUCAAGACGCCCCCAAAAUCAACCUCGGGGGCACCCAUGGUUAUCAAGACCCCCCCAAACCCAGCCUGGGGGGCACCCAUGGAUAUCAAGACCCCCCCAAACCCAACUUGGGGGGCACCCAUGGGUGCCAGGACCCCCCUGAACCCGGUGUCACCUUCGUGCAGGCGACAUCCAAGUUCUGGUACAAACCCGCGUUGUCUCGGGACCAAGCCGUGGCCCUGCUGAAGGCGCAGCCCCCUGGUUCCUUCCUCGUGCGCCACAGUCGCUCCUUCCCGGGAGCCUUCGGACUCGCCAUGAAAGUGGCCACUGUGCCCCCCCGCUGCCAGAGCCCCCCCCGGGGACUGGGUUGGGGGGCACCCCUGGGUGCUGAGCUGCCCCCCAACCUCCCAGGGGACCCCCAGGAGCAGCUGGUGCGGCAUUUUCUCAUCGAGACGGGACCCCGCGGAGUCAAGAUCAGGGGGUGCCCCGAGGAACCCCACUUUGGCAGCCUCCCUGCGCUGGUGCUGCAGCACUCCCGCACCCCCCUGUCUCUGCCCUGUGCUCUGCGCCUCCCCCACAAAGACCCACUGGAGGACCCCCCCGAGGUGCCCCCCCCCGCCAACAUCAGCACCGCGGCCGAUCUGCUGCGCCAGGGGGCAGCGUGCCGUGUGCUGUUUUUGGGUUCGGCGGAGACGGAGUCGCUGACGGGGCCGCAGGCGGUGGCCAAAGCGGGGGGGGCAAUUUUAGAAGAGGGGGGUCCAGGAUUUGGGGGACCCCCCCGAGCGCCCCCCUGUACCGUCCACUUCAAGGUGUCUGCGCAGGGCAUCACUCUCACCGACAGCCAACGCAGGGUGUUCUUCCGCCGCCAUUACCCUGUGAGCAGCAUCACCCACUGCGGGGGAGACCCCCAGGGGCGAAGGUGGACGAACGCUGACGGCAGCACUUCCAAGAUCUUCGGGUUCGUGGCCAAGCGCGGGGGGGGCUCCGGGGGGGGCAAUAUCUGCCACCUCUUUGCCGAACUGGACCCGGAGCAGCCGGCGAGCGCCAUCGUCACCUUUGUCACCAAAGUCCUUUUGGGGACCCAACGCAAGUGAAGAGGUUUGGGGGGGACUCCCCCCCCCCCCUUUUCCAUAGAUUUUUUUUGGGGGGGGGCACAGAGGGGAAAAAAAAACCACCACCAAAGUCUAUUUUUGUGUAAAAAAAAGAA